AGUGAGAGUGAGAGGGGGGGCGAGAGAAACCGUGACAGAGAGGGAGACAGAGACUGAGAGAGAGACUGAGAGUCGAAAAGACACCAGCCAAAAAAACACAGAUAGGGUGUGAGAGUGAGAUGGGGGAGGGGUGGCUGGCUACACAGAUUUUCCACUGUGCUGAAACAGAACACACAAGAGCAGUAGAAGUCAUAUGCUAGGAACACCAGUGACUCAUGAUACCAUGCGGACAGCAGCAGGUGAUGGCUUAGCCGUACACAGAACUGGAACUUAUUCAUUCAGAAAAGGGAGGACUACAAGAGGGAGAGAAUCCGGAGUUUGACGGUGAUCUAAGCCACUACAGGAUACUGGAGGUGUCUGGGGACAGUGGCUGAUGGGGGUCAAAAGGAUGAAUUGUAAUCCAAACGAGUAUGUUUCCCAAGAAACCAAAUGCUGUGCUCGCUGUCCGGCAGUAUGUCGGCAGAGAGUGUGACUCAACCAGGGGCACUGAGUGUUUAGACUGUGAAGCAGAGGUUUUCACAGACAAGCAGAACGGCCUGUCUCAAUGUUUAUUAUGUGCAAAAUGCGACAACAAAAACCAGACGGUGGUGAAGGAAUGCAAGGCCCAUGAAAACCGGCAGUGUGGCUGCAACACGGGCUUCUAUUGCCACGAUGCCAGUUGUGAACAAUGUGUACAGAUCACCUCCUGUCCCCCGGGCCAAGGGGUCAGGGUUCAAGCCACGGUGACAAAUGAUACAAUCUGUGGUCCCUGUGACAGUGGGAUGUUCAGCAAUGUGUCAGACCGCACUUCACCUUGUAAAGCACACACCAGUUGUGAAGAACAAGGGAGACCGCUGGAAAUGCCUGGAACCGAUAUUGCUGAUGCUAUCUGUGGUCCCUUCAAAUCUGGGUGUUCCUGGGAGUUACCAGCAGGCCUGUGGUCUGGGCUGGCCUUGAACACUCUCCUCCUGUUUCUUGGACUGAUCUUUUGGCGGACAAGACGCAGAUCACGUAAAGCAGUGUUCUCCAGUGUUCCUGCUGAUCCAGGGGUGUCAGGAGGAGGCCGACCGGGAGUCCACCUCCCACCGCAUGCCCCGUCCCCGCAUAUGGACAUCCACUGCCAGGAGAGCUGCGACUGCCCCUCACACAUCACAGUGGACUUUAAGUGCUGCAGCCCUGACCGCGUGGUUGAAAAUGGCCUGCACAUAACGCAACCGGAAUGGACCAGCUUUCCUAAUCCCUUCAAUCAUGAAGACCAACACGGGAACGGGAGGCCGGAUCAGCUGCUAGGAGCCUCGCUCGGCCUCCACUCCGAGCCUCAGGAGGACGAGUGGUGCGGGAUGUAGCCAGCAGCAGUCCGCAUGCACUCACUCCAUAGACUCGGUACACAUCUUUAAUAGGUCCAUGGUACACAUGGGGGAGUUGAUGAACACGGACUGAGGCUGAGGAAUCUCUUCCCAGCACUGGGACAAAUCGAAAUUUCUUGAGAAAAUGUUGCAAGAAUGGAAUUUCCGUAGACGGCGGGUGUUCCUUAAAUAUUUAUACCAUGGCAAAGAGCAUGUCCCUCUGCUGCCAUCUAAAGGACGGCCAUCGAAAUGACAAAUCAAUGAGGGCCUUGAAACGGCGACGCAUGAAAGCUUGGCAAUGAUUCCUUCUAUCGUCCAUUAUCAGGGCUCUCAAGUUUUGAACUGAGUUCAGAGUGAGAUUUGGGGGGGGGGGGGGGGGGGGGGGGCGGGAUAUUAACAUUUGACUGCAUACAAUGUGUCCAGAGACAUGGUGACUAAUGUAUGAUAGUAAGCAUAAUUGGCCCUUAACACUAAUAUUCAGAGACAACACUGCCUCAAAAGGCUAUUGGCCUAAGCAACACCAGUAGAGGCAUAUCAUUUUCCCUGAAAUUUUAAAAAUUGCAAACGUGCAAAAAACAUACAUUUAUAUUUAUGUGGCAUUCAGUCCAAUGCUUAAAAUAUAUCUGUCGCAUUCAGUAGGCCAAUGCUAAGGUAAAGUGUGUAAAGUAUGAACAAGUGUUUCUUUCUGUUCAAUAGAUAGAACUUCAUCAAUCCCCUAUAGGAGAAAUGUGUUAAUGUUUGUCCCUAUGAAACAAUAAUGGUAAAAAAAAGAAAUACAAAACAUGACGGUAACUCUAAAGUCAAACCGUCCAAUCGGAAGGCUCUACUUAACCACUCCCCCUACUCACUUCCACCAAUGCAAAGUGAACAGAACUGAGUAGGGGAGGUUGUAGCCUCACCACUUUGUGAACGACCCAGAGAAACGCAACGCAAAUUCAAUGUGAACAUGCUUGGCUUUGUAAUGAAAUCCAGUACGAUUUUGAAAUUCCUCCCGGACACUUUUUUUUUUAAAUGUCUUAAAAAGAGGGCUUGUCCGGGCAAAAGAGGACGUCUGGUGUUACCCUACGUACGGGGAACCCAUUUGAUUCCUACCUGUUCCACUGUUAAAUAGCGGCGCAAAUUGGUGGGCGCUAUGCUGGUAAUUUCUAUGCGUGAGAAAUACGAAGUGUGGCGUGUGAGUGUGUGCAUGGGUUGAAUUGCGUGUGUCUCACGCCGAAUAAAUUGCGUGAGACUUGGGAGCCCUGCAUUAUUGUUGAUGCAAAUCGUAGGGGGCUACUUAGUUUGAAGAUAUCUUGGAAUAUUUGCAUUAGCACACAAUGGUGCGCAAUGGUUCUCCCUGCUAUGUUAUUUAUUAUAUACACCAUACUGGUAUAAAGAUACUGCAUAUAAUGGUAAGCAUUACAAUGAUCAGCUAUUCAAACGAAAAUGACGCAUUCAAUAUAAAAUGUUUAGAAAAAAAUGUAUUAUGGUUGACGCUUUUUCAUGUUAGGAAUCCUAAACUAACAAUAAGAAUAACAAGCAGAUUCACAUAAACAAUUUAUUAAAAAAAAUCAUGCAGUAUGACAACACUAUCAUUUCAAUUUUUCAAAUGCAUUAUCUUUCAAUUCAAAGCCACUGAACAAAUACUGUUUAUCCUUCCACUUUUUGAUUUGUGAUCGGAGAAAAUCACAGGGUCUAGUUGUUUUGUUUGGUAAAGUAUCAAAUAGUUUGACCGUUUUAUUAGAUGUAUUUGAAUAAACAAUUCAAUACUG